GCCCCUCGUUGAAGCGGUGGCGCUGUCCGCCUUUCUCGUGGAAGUGCCCUCCACUAUUGAUUGUACGGCUCUUCGCUAUUAAAGCAGUUUAGUUGUUUAAAAGUGUGGAGGAAGUGGAGGAAGUCCCCCACGUCAGGCGGCGACAUGGCGAGCGUGAGCCCCCGAGCGCCGCGGCGGAACGACGCCAACUAUAAGCUGCAUUUCCGUAUGAUAAACGAGCAACAAGUGGAAGAUAUCUGCAUUGACUUUUUCUACAAGCCUCACACCAUCACACUGCUGACGGCGACUGUGCUCAGUGUCAUGUACUUUAUGUUUACCAGGAAUGAUGCGGACUCAGACGAUAACCUCCGGGUCGGUCUCUUAGUGGUUGUCUCCUUCUUCCUGAUCAUCAGUGUCCUGGCUUUCCCUAAUGGACCUUUCACCAGGCCGCACCCUGCAAUAUGGCGCAUGGUGUUUGGCCUCAGUGUUCUCUACUUCCUGUUUCUUGUCUUCCUACUUUUUCUUAACUGGGACCAAGUGAGGACUUUGAUGUUCUGGCUAGACCCAGAUCUGCGCUAUGCCACUCGUGAAGCCGAUGUCAUGGAGUAUGCUGUAAACUGUACAGCCAUAACAUGGGAGCGCAUUCUGAGCCACUGCGACAUCUUUGCAUUUGGCCACUUUGCAGGCUGGGCCAUGAAAGCUCUGCUGAUCCGCAGCUACGGCCUCUGUUGGACCAUCAGCAUCACCUGGGAGUUCACAGAGUUAUUCUUCAUGCACCUUCUCCCAAACUUUGCGGAGUGUUGGUGGGAUCAGGUGAUUCUGGACAUUUUAUUGUGUAACGGUGGAGGCAUCUGGCUUGGCAUGGCUGUCUGCCACUUUUUGGAGAUGAGGACCUACCAAUGGGCCAGUAUCAAGGAAAUCCACACCACCACAGGGAAAAUAAAGCGAGCUGUGCUCCAGUUCACACCAGCCAGCUGGACCUACGUUCGCUGGUUCGAUCCAAAAUCCUCCUUCCAGAGGUUAGCAGGCAUCUAUCUCUUCAUGAUCCUGUGGCAGCUUACAGAGCUGAACACAUUCUUCCUCAAGCACAUCUUCGUAUUCCAGGCAUCUCAUCCACUCAGCUGGUGUCGUAUUCUCCUCAUUGGAGUGAUCACUGCUCCCACUGUACGGCAGUAUUAUGCAUACCUGACAGACACUCAGUGUAAACGAGUUGGAACACAGUGUUGGGUCUUUGGAGCCAUUGCUUUCCUGGAGGCUCUUGCUUGCAUGAAAUUUGGCCACGACUUGUUUUCCAAGACACAAAUUCUCUAUGUACUCCUGUGGCUUCUCUGUCUGGCACUUAUCACGCUUCUGUGUUUGUAUUGGAUGGUGUGGUAUGAACAUAAAAAAAUGAAGAGCUUUUCUGUACAAAGUGAGGACUGUGAUGACAGCAGUGCUGUUGACUCAUGUGGUUUUCUCCCAGAUGGUGUUUCAGAUCAGAAGGAGUCCUUGAGAAGUUCACAGCCUACAAAACAGAGAACAGCCUCAGCGAGGAAAAGAUUUGUUAAUGACAAUGGAGGAAAAAGACAAUAAGAGGUCUGGCUCUAAAAGCUUCAAAAAGCUGCAUAGUUGUAAUCGGAUUUGGAUGUGGUAGAUUCAGCUUUUAAAAUUAAAUGACACAGACGAAUUCUGUGUUGUAUUUCAGGUUAAACAAGUUUUAAAUAAACCUAAAUAAUCAAGGUAUAUGCUCUUCAUUUGAAGGAGAAGCUGAUUAAACUGCAACAACUUCCAUUCUUGGUAUUUUGCAGCCAUCACUACUGCCUUAACUGACUCAAUGUUGUUUGGGUGCUGGGCACUGUGGGACAGAUUAAGUAUGUCCAUUUAAAGAAUGAAUACACUGUACAUGCACUAACAUUACUUUUUGUUUUGUUUUUGCACAUAAUCUCUACCUGUUACGUUAUUUAUAUUUCUGUUUACUGCGUCUAAUAGGUUUACUAGAGAAACUAAAGAUCACAUUAGAUGGUGUGUAUGAUUAUUUCAUAUAUUUGUGUUCAUAAUAGUUUUCCAAAGUGACCACAUUUUGCACUUGUUUGUAAUAUAGUAAUGUAGUAGUAGGAAAUGCUUUAACUAAUCUGAGUAAUAACGAAGUGUAACUGACAUAUUUUACAUCCUUCCCCUUUUAAGCUUACAUAAAUGUGAAUAUUGGACAUUUGUAGCUGUAUGUUAUUUUUGAAAACUAUGAAAUUGUUGAGAAGAAAGCAAGUGGCAUCAUUUUUUUGGCAUCCUGUCAGAAUACUGUGACUUUUUGUAUUUAAUAACAUCAAUUAUAAGAGGAUAAUUGGUUUCGUAUAUGAUUGUCAUUGAACACAUUUUCUGAGCUUUUAUUGAUCCCAUUUAAUAAAAUGCGAUGGUAAUGGAAGCGACUGGUGUGCUUAAGCUGUUAUUAAUUUUGUUGAAUAACACCAUAUAAGAAUAUUUUGCAUUCAUUGUUCUGCUAUUUUAUACCCUUUAUGUUAUGUUUAUUGAAUUUAUUUAGCUGUUACUUGAAUUUUAUUGUCUGUAGCACCAGGCAAUGAUUAAACCAUUCUGAACAUUUACAAGCGACAGGCUACACUGUAAAAAUGCACUACUUUGAUUUCCUAUUUUUUAAGAGGGUGAUUUUGCUUGAUUUUUGCACAAACUAAUAAAUGUCCACAUAUCAUGA